AUGCGUAGGUUAAUUAUUUUACUGGAAAUAUGUUCAGCUUUUGCUUUAGGCCGUGAAGUGACAGUACCUGCUGAUGAGUGUGGCAAAACCCUUGGUUGUUACUUUGGGGGAGGCUCAAUAGAUGACAUCGAUACGUUUCUUUGCACUCACAUGUUUUAUGGUUACGCUGGAUUUGGUGAAGAUAUUUCUAUUAGAAUUCUCGAACCAUUUGAUUAUGCUCAAGGUAAAGCCUAUAUAGACGUCAAAGGUCUUCAACAAAAGAAUAAAGAGUUGAAAAUCUUAGUUCCCGUGGGGGACAAGUACGACAACUUUAGAAAUAUUUCGAACAACGACAUACCUUAUAGCGUAUUAACUGAUCCUGAUGUUCGAGAAAAACUUGUUAAUAACAUUGUCAAUUUCGUAAAAGAAAGCGGGUUCAAUGGUAUAGAUCUCGAUUUGACCAAUCCUCCUCAAAAUGGUGGACGACCUUCUGAUAAGGAAAAUAUAGUUUUACUCUUGAAAGCCCUCAGAGAAGAAUUUGAUAAAGAAGGACUCAUUUUAUCUGCAUUAGCUGAUCCUAGUGAAAAGACUGUUAAAUUAUUAUACGAUAUUGAAGGUAUAUCCAAGUAUGUUAGUUUCAUAAAUCUGAAGACUUUCGAUUUUCACGGAAUGCUUGAUGCGGAUAAGAAACUUGGACAUUCUUCUCCACUGUAUCAUUCGUCAGAAGAAAAUGAGGAGGACCGCAAGAAGAAUGUCGAUUCUAUUGUAAAGCAAUGGAUUUCGGAAGGUGCUCCAUCAGUCAAGUUAAUAAUAGGAAUUGCUUUUUACGGAAGAUCCUAUACUUUAGCUAGUUCAGAAAAAAUUGGUAGAGGUGCCAAAUUCGCUCAUGAAGGAAAGUGUGGUAGUUCCCCAGAAUAUUACAACCUAUGUCCUCUGUUAAAAAACAAAGACUGGAAGCGUAUUUAUGACAAAGAGCAAAAAGUACCAUAUAUGUAUAAUGGGACUGAAGUUGUUACUUAUGAUGAUGAGGAAUCCAUUAAGACGAAGGCUGAAUAUGUAAUGAAUACGAAUCUUGGUGGUGCUAUGGCGUGGACUGCAAAUCAAGAUGAUUUUCAUGGAAAAUGUGGAGAAAAGUUCCCACUUCUGAAGACAUUGAAGAGCGUCCUCAGAAACAAAUGUUGA